AUGGGUCAAACUCUCUCCGAGCCCGUUGUUGAGAAGAACUCGGCCAAGGGUGAAGAUGAACGUCUUCUCUACGGUGUGUCGGCCAUGCAGGGCUGGCGCAUAAGCAUGGAGGAUGCUCACAUCACCGUCCUCGACCUUCUUGCCCCUGGCAGCGACGAAGCUAAGAAGCACGACUCCAAGCUCUCCUUCUUUGGAGUCUUUGAUGGACACGGAGGUGACAAGGUGGCCUUAUUUGCUGGAGAGCACAUUCAUGAGAUCAUCAAGAAGCAGGAGACCUUCAAGAAGGGCAACUACGAACAGGCAUUGAAGGACGGCUUCCUCGCCACCGACCGCGCGAUCUUGAACGAUCCCAAGUACGAGGAGGAAGUCUCUGGCUGCACUGCUUGUGUUGGCUUGAUCUCCGACAACAAGAUCUACGUCGCAAACGCCGGCGAUUCGAGAAGUGUCCUUGGUAUCAAGGGACGAGCUAAGCCCUUGUCCCAGGACCACAAGCCUCAACUCGAAGCCGCCGGCGGUUUCGUCGACUUUGGCCGUGUCAACGGCAACCUCGCCCUGUCGCGUGCCAUUGGCGACUUCGAAUUCAAGAAGAGCGCCGAGCUCUCUCCUGAGGCCCAGAUUGUCACCGCCUUCCCCGACGUCGAGGUCCACGAGAUCACUGACGAUGACGAGUUCCUGGUCAUUGCUUGUGACGGUAUCUGGGAUUGCCAGUCGUCUCAGGCGGUUGUCGAGUUCGUUCGACGUGGCAUUGCGGCCAAGCAGGAUCUGGAAAAGAUCUGCGAGAACAUGAUGGACAACUGCUUGGCGUCCAACUCGGAGACUGGUGGCGUUGGUUGCGAUAACAUGACCAUGGUCAUUGUCGGCCUUCUGCGCGGCAAGACCAAGGAGGAGUGGUACGAGGAGAUUGCCAAGCGUGUUGCUGCUGGAGACGGACCUUGCGCCCCUCCCGAAUACGCUGAAUUCCGCGGCCCUGGAGUUCACCACAACUUCGACGACAGCGACAGCGGCUACGACGUUGACCUGGAGAACAAGGGCAAGCCCUUUGGCAUUGGUGGCUACAAGGGCCGUAUCAUCUUCCUUGGUGAUGGCACCGAGGUCCUGACCGAUUCCGACGACACCGAGAUGUUCGACAACGCAGAGGAGGACAAGGACCUCGAGAGCCAGGUUUCCAAGGCCACCUCGACCACGAGCAAGGACAGCAACGCGGAGGAGUCGGCCGCCAAGAAGCCCGAGGAGGAGAGCAAGACGGGUGUGGAGAAGCCCAAGGAAGAGUCAAAGCCAGCCGCUGCACCCGCCGCGUCAACGGAAGCGCAGACCACCGAGAGCAAGGAGAAGUGA